AUGGACAGAUUAUUGUAUGUAGUGAGGAGGAUGUCACCUCGGAAGAGGGAGAGGAGCUUCCAGUGGGAGGCAGAGAGUCCUGAGACCUGCGAUGAGAGUCUGUGCUCACUGAGCCUCUGCAUCAGUGAUGAUGGGCCUUACUCUAAAGGCAACAAGGAAUCUACAGGACCUGACAGUUCCCUUAUAUCUAGAAGACAGAGCAUCCCAGAAGAGAUGCGGGGGGUGACCCUGGUGGAGCUGAUUAAGAAGGAGGGCAGCACACUGGGCCUCACCAUCUCAGGCGGAACAGACAAAGAUGGCAAACCUCGAGUCUCCAACCUCAGACCAGGAGGCCUAGCAGCCAGGAGUGACCAGCUGAAUGUGGGUGACUAUAUAAAGUCAGUGAACGGCAUUAAUCUGACUAAGCUGCGUCAUGACGAGAUCAUCAGCUUGCUGAAGAACGUGGGCGAGUGUGUUGUGCUGGAAGUGGAGUAUGAGCUGCCUCCAGCCGCACCAGACAGCACCUCAGGUGUUAUAUCGAAGACAAUCGAGAUCUGUUUACACAAAGAAGGCAAUAGUUUUGGCUUUGUAAUGCGGGGAGGAGCUCAUGAAGACUGGCACAAAACUCGCCCGUUAGUAGUGACGUAUGUUCGGCCAGGAGGCCCUGCCGACAGGGAGGGCACACUGAAGGCAGGUGAUCGGCUGCUCAGUGUGGACGGUGUACCCUUACACAGUGCCAGCCAUAGUGAAGCUCUUGCUAUGUUGGCACAGUGUAGCCAGGAGGCAAUCUUCCAAACCGAAUAUGAUGUGACCAUUAUGGAUUCAGUAACAAAUGCGUCUGGCCCAUUGCUGGUGGAAAUAGCCAAGUCUCCUGGAGCGAGUCUGGGCAUCACAUUAACCUCUACCACAUACAGGAACAAACAGGUUAUCAUCAUUGACAAGAUCAAAGCUGCCAGCAUGGUUGACAGAUCAGGAGCUUUACAUGUAGGUGAUCACAUCCUCACCAUCGAUGGCACAAGUACAGAGCACUGCACCGUGCUGGAGGCCACUCAGCUGUUAGCCAGCACCUCAGAUGUGGCCAAGCUGGAGAUCCUUCCUGCUCAUCAAAUGCGAUUGACCAGCAAAGUUCAGGACACUGUGAAGGUCCAGAAAAGUGACCACCCACAUUCUUGGGACCCGUAUGUGGUGAACUACUGCCAUUCUCAGCAUACUGCUCACUGUAAGACUCCGACGUGGAUGUCCACAUCAAGUAAUGCAUCCAGCAGUCAGGACUACUGCAAAUCUGUAGUCUGCACUAAUUUCUCCCCCGCCUCCACCACUACAUCAGGCAUGACGAGUCAGUCAUCCAGCACUCUGCCCCGCACUCCCCAUCCCAUGAGCCCCCGCAACUCCAUGCUCAAGAGGAGACCGCGGAAAAAAGAGCACAAGAGCUCGUCAGUGUCUCUCGCUUCGAGUUCAGUGGGUCCUGGAGGUCAGAUAGUUCAUACAGAGUCCAGCGAGGUCACUCUAACAGGAGAUCCUCUCAGCGGCUUCGGAGUUCAGCUGCAGGGGGGGAUAUUUGCCACUGAGAUGCUUUCCACACCUCCAGUUAUCCGAUUUAUAGAGCCUGACAGCUCAGCGGAAAAGUGUGGGCUGCUCCAGGUUGGUGACCGGCUCUUGUCAAUCAAUGGGAUUCCCACAGAGGAUGGCACGAUGGAGGAGGCCAAUCAGCUGCUCCGAGAUGCUGCUCUGAAUAAUAAGGUCACACUAGAGAUUGAGUUUGAUGUAGCAGAGUCAGUAGUGCCCAGUAGUGGUACCUUUCAUGUGAAGCUGCCAAAGAAGAGAGGAGUCGAGCUUGGGAUUACGAUCAGUGCUAGUAAAAAGCCGGGCGAACCUCUGAUCAUAUCUGACAUAAAGAAAGGAAGCAUGGCUCACAGAACAGGAACUUUGGAGCCUGGAGACAAGCUGCUAGCUAUCGAUAACAUUCGACUGGAGAACUGCUCGAUGGAAGAUGCAAUGCAGAUCCUUCAACAGAGUGAAGACCUGGUCAAGCUCAAGAUACGCAAGGAUGAAGACAACUCUGAUGAGCAGGAGACAUCAGGCUCCAUCACCUACACAGUGGAGCUGAAGCGCUAUGGUGGCCCCCUGGGCAUCACCAUCUCAGGCACCGAGGAACCCUUUGACCCUAUUGUCAUCUCAGGCCUCACCAAGAGAGGUCUAGCUGAAAGAACGGGGGCUAUUCAUGUUGGAGAUCGAAUCCUUGCCAUUAACAAUGUGAGUCUGAAAGGAAAACCUCUGAGUGAAGCCAUCCAUUUACUUCAAAUGGCUGGCGAAAGCGUGACGCUGAAAAUCAAAAAGCAGAUCGAUGAUGAGAAGAAGAAGAAUACUAUAGAUCUUGAUAAUGAGCUCAGUGAUAACGAUGACUCGGAAAUGACGGAUUCUCAGAAGACCAGUAAGUUGUCAGAGAUCUGUUCCACCACCAUUCCCAGCGUAGACUCGGCUAUGGAUUCAUGGGAUGGAUCUACUAUAGAUGCUAGCUAUGGGAGCCAAUGUGGCUACAUCCAGCAGGUAGCAGGUAUCGCCUUACAUCCACAUGAGUGGCGCAGUGCCAAGAACAGGAACAGCACCCCUCCUCCUGGCCACCGCAAGAACUACCUUCUGAGUGAUGGAGGCUUCAGUGAGGAGGACUGGGACAAGCAUGCUGGAUUUGCCAGCCAGACUCCUGCAGAUGGCAUACUAGACCACGAGGACAACUUCUGGUGCCAGGCCCUGGAGGACUUGGAGACAUGUGGGCAGUCAGAACUCCUCCGUGAGAUUGAGGCCUCCAUAAUGACUGGCAGCACUGUGAGUUUGGGAGUAGAGAGCACCAAGUCUCACAGUGAAUCAGGGAGCCAAGCCAACGUCAGCCCUCUUAGAAAGAGCUUGCAUCUUCGCAAUGAGGCCAAGAGCAAGAGCACGCUACGCAUGUCAGAGAAGACCUGGGAAUCACGGAGGAUCAAGGAGGAGAUGCAAGAAAUCCUGUCACCCACUCCACUAGAGCUGCACAAGGUGACAGUGAUUAAGGAUCCAGAGCGAGACGAUUUUGGCUUCAGUGUGUCAGAUGGUUUCUUGGAGAAAGGCGUCUAUGUAAACAUGAUCCGGCCUGAGGGUCCAGCAGACCGUGCAGGACUCAGACCAUAUGACAGGAUCCUCCAGGUCAAUCACGUGCGAACACGAGAUUUUGACUGCUGCUUGGCCGUGCCUCUUAUCACAGAAGCUGGAGAUAAACUGGAGCUGGUUGUUAGCAGAAACCCAUUAGCUCAGCCUGGUGUUGGUCAGCCCCUCGACUGCCAUUCAAUCUCAGCUCCUUUGACUCACAGCCGAGAGCACAACAACAGCACCAUGGACCUGUGACAGCACAAUAAUCUGGGGUUUACACCCUGAAACAACAACACAAAUUCACCAGGAACUGCUGGAUAUCCCAUUCAGCACAGUCUGAAUCUUGGACCAUGUGUUCAACAAAUGUGACAGU